CAGUUUGAUUGGCUUUCACUCUGCUAUUUCAGGAAAUAGAAAUUGCAGAUCCGAAUCUCGUUUGGGAGUGAGGAAUUUGAAUGUUGAGAUGUCUGAGAAUCACGUAGCGGAGCUGGUUCCGGAAGCGGAUUCGGAUUCAGGGGGUGGUGUGGGGCACGAGCAAUCAAAUGUGGAUAACGAAUCAAACACUGGUACAAAUCAAGACCAGCAGGGAGAGCGUGUUGAUCAUGGAGAACCUGAUGAUGAGAAGUCUGCAGAGGAUACUGCCAGGGAUGACAUGUUUGUUGAUUGUCCCGAUGAGUUAACCGGGCAAAAGGAUGAAGAAGUUUCAACAGAGAAGAAUGAAGAUGACGGAACGGAGGAAAAUGAAGUUAUGCAUCACCAGCAGAGACAUUCUGUUGAAAUGGGCAAUGGAGUCGGGGAUUCUCACUCCCCAGAUCAGCUGGAGAAAACUGAUGCUGAGAAAGAACGGAUUGUGCAGGAAUACCAGGAAGAAAGACAAACUGUUACACAGGGAGUGCUUGAUCUUCAUUGUCAGCUAAAGACUCUCAAUGGCAAAGAGAAUGGAACUGAAGUUGGAGAUAGGGACGUGAGUGAGUUUCCGUUGAGGGAGAUGAUAAAAGAAUGUUUGGAAUUUGUGAACACUGCUUCAGAAGAACGGUCAAACAGUGAAACCACUAUAAGUAAUCUUCGGGAACAUCUGUCUACCAGGGACCGUGAGAUAGAGGAUCUUAAUACAAAGCUAGCUCAGUUAAUGGUAUCUAAUGAUAAUUUUCAGGUUUCAGCUCAAGCUCAACUUGAAAAGGAUCGUUUUGUUGAGAAUUUGAUGGAUAAAAUGAUAUCCUCUCUUGCAACAGUUGUCACUCAAGAACAAGUAUUGGAUGAUUCUAUUAGUGGGAAAAUAGUUUAUAUUGAAGAAGGCAAUACCCGUUUAAUUGGAAAGUACAAUCAGAUUCUUUCUGAAAUUUAUCAACUUGGGCAAUCUUUCUCCCAGGUAGGCUUGGAUUCUAAAGAGCAGCAAUAUGGGAGCAUACUUGCUGGUGCUCAUGGUGGGUUACUGGAGCUCAAAAGAAAGGAAACAGAAUUGGUUGAAAAACUGGCUCAGUUAGAAGAUGAAAACCGGAAAUUGGUUGAUGAGCUUGAUAAGGAAAAGGUGAUGCUAGGGACAUUGAAUACUGAGCUAGGAAAUUUGAAAAUAGAACUUGAGCAGGAAAAGGUUAAAUGUGCUAAUACGAAAGAAAAGCUUAGUAUGGCUGUGACCAAAGGAAAGGCAUUGGUACAGCAGCGAGAUUCGUUAAAGAAGUCUCUGGCUGAUAAAUCCAGCGAGCUUGAGAAAUGUUUGAUUGAAUUGGAAGAGAAGUCAGUCGCACUCCAAGCUGCUGAGGUUGCUAAGGAAGAGUUGGUCCAUAGUGAAAAUAUGGUCGUUUCCCUACAGAACUCAUUAUUAGAAAAGAAUGCAGUUUGGGAUCAAGUGGAAGAAAUCUUGUCUUAUGCCAAACCUGAUGAUCCUGGAAUGUUUGAUGUGCCAGAGAAACUCAGAUGUUUUGCGGAUGAGAGAAAUACACUGAAGGAAGCCUUCAUAGAGUUGUGCAAAUUGAAGGAAUCUCUAUCUCUAGUGGACAUACCAGAGCCUGUUUCAUCAUAUGAUUUGGAAUCACAAGUGAAUUGGAUUGUGGAUUCUUGUCUUAGGGCCCGGGAGAUCAUGGACACUCUACAGGAAGAAAAUUCCACAAUCAUGGAAGCAUCCCGUUACAAUAUUGAUCAGUUGAGUAUUUCUCUUGUGCUGGAAUUGCAGGAAAAAUAUUUCCUUCUGUCAGAAUUAACUGAUUUGAAGUUCAAAUAUGAUGAGCUUUUUGGCAAGAACUGUCAAAUUUCUUUGGAGAAGGAUCAGAUAGUCAAUAUGUUAGUUGAUCUUUGUGGCCUGAACAAGGAAGAUGAAGGGAUUGACUAUUCCAACACUUCUGUGAUCAUCGAUUUAUGCUUUCAAAUUCUAAAAGGGCAGAGUGGUCCCUUGUCUAGAGCAUCUAAGAUUGAUGCUGAGUUGUUUGAAAACAUUCAAAGUCUCUUGUAUGUUAGAGACCAAGGUUUAAUACUCUAUGAAGAUAUACUAGAAGAGGAGAUGCUAAUUAGAUCAAGUACAAAUAAACUUUCAGAAGAACUAAAAGUGGCAUCUGAGGAAAUUGUAACUCUGAAAGAAGAAAGGAGUUCUCUGCUGCAAGAUCUUGAUCGAUCAGAGGAGAAGACUGCCAUGCUUAGGGAUAAGUUGUCCAUGGCAGUUAAGAAAGGAAAGGGGCUGGUUCAGGAUAGGGACAAUCUAAAAGGUUUUCUAAAUGAAAGGAACUCAGAGAUUGAGCAGUUGAAGGUUGAUUUGCAGAAGCAAGAAUCUGCUGUUUCUGAAUACAGGGAUGAGAUCAACAGAUUGUCCAGUGAUUUGGAAAGCAUCCCAAAGCUGGAGGCUGAUCUUCUGGAAAUGAAAAGGGAGAGGAAUCAGUUAGACCAAUUCUUAACUGAGAGCAAUAACAUGUUACAGAAAGUGAUGGAGUGUAUUGAUGGUAUCAUUCUUCCUGUUGAGCCUGCUUUUGAUGAACCAAUAGAAAAGGUGAAGUGGCUUGCUGAUUAUGUCAGUGAAUUCCAAGAUGCCAAGGUACACAUAGAGCAAGAGUUGCAACUAGUGAAGGAGAAUGCCAGUAUACUUGAAAUUAAAGUAGCUGAAUCCCAAGCCACUGUAAAAUCCCUUGAACGGGAAUUAUCGUCUUCAAAUGACAGUGUUUCUCAACUUGCUGAAGAGAAAACAGAAUUAGAAUAUCUGAAGGGAAAAAUGGAGGAAGAGUUACAGAAAGUUAAAGAUAAAGUUGCCGAGGUCUUCAGUACCAACAAGUCACUUGAAGAUGCCUUAUCAGAAGCAGAAAAAGAUAUUUCUAUUCUUUCCGUAGAAAAAGAGCAAGCUCAAGCUAGUAGAGUUGCUGCUGAAAGAGAGUUAGAGAGUUUUAAAGAUGAAGCAACCAGUCAAGCAAGCAAACUGGCAGAGGCUAGCAGGAUCAUAAAGGAUCUGGAAGAUAAACUAUAUCAGGUUGAGGGUACUAAGAAGUUACUUGAAGAUACGUUAUCGCAAGCGGAAAAAGAUAUUUCUAUUCUUUCCGAAGAAAAAGAGCAGGCUCAAGUUAGCAGAGUAGCUGCAGAGAGAGUGUUACAGGGUUUUAAUGAUGAAGCAGCCAGUCAAACUAGCAAACUGACAGAGGCCAGCAGGACCAUAAAGGAUCUAGAAGAUAAACUAUAUCAGGUUCAGGGUACUACUAAGUCACUUGAAGAGGCGUUAUCACAAGCAGCAAAAGAUAUUUCUAUUCUUUCUGAUGAAAAAGAGCAGGCUCAAGUUAGCAGAGUAGCUGCAGAGACAGUGUUAGAGAGUUUUAAAGAUGAAGCAGCCAGCCAAACAAGCAAAAUGGCACAGGCUAGCAGGAAAAUAGAGGAUCUAGAAGGUAGACUAUCUGAGGUUGAGGGUAAUGUCAAUUUAUUGAAUGAAAAGUAUAAUGCUGAUCAAGUUGUCAAGACUGAGAUGGAAAAUGAAUUGAAGAAGCUGCAAGAUGAAGCUGCAAAUCAUGCCAACAAUUUGGUAGAUGCUUCUGAAACUAUAAAAUCACUGGAGGAUGCAUUAUCAAAGGCACAAGAUGAUGUUUCCGCCUUAGAAAAUUCAAAUGAAAUUGCAAAACAGGAGAUAUCUUCACUCAGUUUGAAGUUAAAUUCAUGCAUGGACGAGUUAGCUGGAAAGAAUGGCAACUUAGAAAGCAGGUCCUUAAAGCUCAUUGGACUUCUUAAUGAUCUUCAGGUGCUCAUGAAGGACACUACUCUAUUUCCCAGAAUAAAACAAUUCUUUGAGAGGAAAUAUGAGACCCUGAAGAAUAUGAAUCUAGUUGUCAACAAAAUUAGAGAUAAUGUUGCCUUAAAUGCAAAGGACUCAAAGGGACAGCUAGUGAUGGAGGAAAAUACAAUUAUGAGAACAACAUUCUUGGAUGGUCCUGAAAAUUUUGAAGUUGAACUGGAAAACACAGAGAUUGAUGAUGCUGAUAUUGACACCAUAAUCUUAUCAUUUGGAAAGAUUGUGAAAGAAUUUGAGUUGAGCAGCAAACACAUUGCAGAUAAGUUUGACGAAUUUUCAUAUUCUAUGGAUGAGUUUAUUUCUCCUCUCCAUGGAAAACUGUUGGAGACUGAGACCAUCUCGGAGACUAUUGUUCAGAACAUGGAAAGUUUGAAAGAAGAAGCAAAUACCAUGAAAAAGUUGAAAGAAGAACAGGAAAAUAUCAUUGCCACUUUACAAAACAAUAUCAAUGUAUUGCUAUCUGCAUGCACUGAUUCUACCAUUGCACUUCAGAGUGAAGUUGACAAGAAUCUUGGGCUGCUAGACUCCAUUUCUGAGGUUGAAAAGUUAAACCUUGAAGCAGGUGCGCAAGCAGAUCAUCAUAAGAACAGUAAAUACUUGGAGGCCACACAUAAGUUGAUUAGUACUUCUAGAAAAACUCAAGCUUUGAUUAGACAGUUUGAAUUUAGAAGUGAGCAGUUAGAUGCAACAAUUGAAGAUUUACAGAAUAAAUUGAAAGAAGCAACAGUUGCUUUUGAAUUAGUCACAGAUGAUAGAGACUUAAAUAAAAACAGAGUUUCGCUGCUGGAAUCUGAUAUUCAAUCACUCCAAAGUGCUGGCAGUGAGCUUAAAGAUAAGUUAGAAAGUUAUCAUGCCCUAGAAGAAAAAUUGAAAGAAAAAGAGGCUGAGAUUUCAUCAAUGCAAGAUGCUUUGUUAGCAAAAGAAGAAAACUCCCUCCUUACAUCAUCUCAAAUGAGAGAUGUCUUUGACAAGAUAGAUAGGAUCAAAAUCCCUAUUGUAGAGUCUGAAGAUGACUUGGAGCUACCUACUUCAGCCCCUAUGAAAAAAUUCUCUUACAUUAUUGAUAGUAUUACUAGGUUGCAUGAUCAAUUAAACUCUAUGUCUCAUGAUAAAGAAAAGCUGCAGUCAAUCCUUGAAACAAAGGAUCUUGAAAUUAAGGAUAUGAAGGAGGAAGUUAAACAACUCAGUAGAAACUGUGAAGAUGCAAAUAUGCUCAAGAAUGAAUUGUCUGAGCUCACUUAUGUAUUAGAAAAAAUUAUGGAUAUUUCUUUGGGAACCGGUGAAUGGGUUGUAAGUAGGAAAUCUAAGGAUUUGAAGGAAUUAAUACCGGCAUUGGAAAAACGUAUUGUUGCCAUUCGUUCAGAAUGUGAUGAUUCAAAAUCUAAGGCCCAAGAACUUGAUAUUAAGUUAGUUGGAAGUCAGAAGGUUAUUGAUGAAUUAAAAACCAAGGUUAAACUACUUGAAGAUUCACUUCAAGAUAGGACUUCUCAGCCAGACAUUGUCCAGGACAGGAGCAUAUAUGAAGCAUCCUCAUUACCUACUGGGUCUGAGAUAACUGAAGUUGAAGAGGGUUCAUCACGUGGCAAGAAAGCAAUAUCACCUGUCUCAUCAGCUGCUCAUGUGCGGAAUAUGCGAAAAGGAUCUGCUGACCAUCUUGCACUUGAUAUUAGUAUGGAGUCUGAUAAUUUGAUUAACAGAGUGGAUACGGAUGAGGAUAAAGGUCGCGUAUUCAAGUCUCUAAACACAUCUGGAUUUGUACCAAAACAUGGAAAGCUCAUUGCAGAUCGUAUUGAUGGACUCUGGUUAUCUGGUGGUCGAGUUCUCAUGAGUCGUCCUAGAGCAAGAUUAGGAGUUGUUGGUUAUUUGCUUCUCUUGCAUAUCUGGCUGCUGGGGACGAUCUUGUAGAAAAGUUUAGAUCAAACCUACCUGGACUGCUCAACAUUGGAUGUCGCGUCUGCAAAUUGUAUUGUAGAUAUAAAGUUGUCUCUUUUUAUUCAUGUCUUUUUACUUCUUAGUGAAACCUAACCCGUUUUUCUCAUAUCUCAUAAAAUCCUCUAUUUGUUCUCUGGAGUCACAUUUUAGGGAUUCAGAGAUUCUGGUCUUCAAUGUUAGGGCUCAUAUUUUGACAGCUUUUUUUUUUUCCAAAAACGAAGCCCCUCCAUUGUAUUGACCUACAAUUGUUUCAAUAUCAUAGUAUGUGGUGGGUAGAAAGUAGGUAGAUGAUUUUUUUGCAUGCCAAUGUAAUAAAAAUGUAGAAGGAUUUUAAGGGUGAUUCAUUUAUACAGAGACCAAUUGAAGGAUA